AGCCCAGCGCUACCGUCCAUCCUCGUCUCCUUUCAGCUUCUGACAUCCAUCAUACUCCUUUCUUCUUCUCUUUCCUCUUCACUAACACGAAUACCCAUCCCGACAACUCACCGAUUUUACUUCACUUUCAAUCUUGUUAACAAAAUUCGACAUGAAGAAGUUUGGCUUUGGAAAGAAAGGCGAUGAUGGCGAAGACGCCAGCCGCCACGCCCUAUUCGGUCGCAAAAAGUCGUCUCAGUCUGCAUCUUCCGAAAAUCCCUACGCCAAACAAGGCGGCAAAGAUCCCUACGCCGAUGAUGCGAAGUACGCCAACGUGACUCCUUACCAGCAAGCCCGCGCUGGUCUAGGCAAUGCCCCUUCCCCCGGCCCCGGUCCUCAAGCCGCCAACUCUUACGGCGCUCCUCCUGCCCAAGGAGGCUAUAACUCUCAGCCCCCAAGUGGUUAUGGCGCUGACCGAUACGGAUCCGGUGGUGGUUAUGGUGGAAAUCGAUAUGGUGAUGCUCCUUCGCAGAACCGCCCUGCUGCACCUACUGGUGCAAGAGGUCCCGGUGGUUAUGGUGGAUUCGGGCCUAGCGAGCCUGACAACAACCGCGAUGAUCUUUUUGCCGGCGCUCAGGAACGCCAGGCCCAAAAGCAGCAGCCCGGCGGCCCACAAUCGGGGGCUGCUGGUGGCUCCUACGGCGGUUAUGGCGAGGAGCGCGAAUUGACUGCCGAGGAACAGGAAGAAGCUGAAUACCAAUCUAUCCUUGCGGAGAAGCGACAGCUCCAGCAGGAGAGUGCAUCUUCGGUCAACCGCUCGGUACAGAUGGCUCGCCAAGCCAACGAAGUUGGUCGUGCCACCCUCGCUCGUCUAGGAGCUCAGGGAGAACGACUCAACAAUACCGAAAAGCAUCUCGAUCUGGCGGCCAACCAGAACAAAAUUGCCCAGGAUCGAGCUGCCGAACUCAAGACACUCAACGGUAGCAUGUUUGCCGUUCACGUCAGCAACCCGUUCACCUCCAAGCAGCGUAAAGCCAAGGCGGACGAGGAUGUUAUGAAUCGCCACAGAUCAGAAAGAGAACAGCGGGAAGCUACACGACGUGAUGGCUUCCAAGCCAAUCAGCGUAUGGAGAACAACUUCAAAGACGUGAACAGUGCUGCUCGACCACGACAACAACCACGCAAGAAGGAUUAUGGAAAGUUCAACUUGGAAGAUGAAGAAGGAGCCGACGAACUCGAGGGCCAGAUCGACGAUGGUAUCAAUGAACUUGAGGGCCAGGUGUCCAUGAUGAACAUGGUCGGCCGAGCUAUUGGAAAGGAGGUUGACGCGCAGAAUAAGCAGAUCGAUCGUAUUAUGGAUAAGAGCGAUCGUGUUGAUGAUGCUACGAGAAUGAACCGAGAACGCCUGGCCCGUAUCAAGUAGAAGGGACACGCAUAUACAAUAUCAUGAAACAUGGAAACGUUUAUGAUUUAGGAAGGAUGAGCGACGGUUUAAUUUGUCAAUCCGAGGUAUCUACACCGCAAAAUGACAGGUCUAGUUUUGACCUGAUCUUGGACUGUAACCUAUGUCAAGUACGAAUAACUGCGCUCUGGGAGCAUUGUACGAGAUGUGAAUAUGCAAAU